AGCUUAUUUCCUGGAAAAUGGCUGCAUCAUCGCGUGAAUUAUCUCUCGUACCCUGGUUUUCCGAGAAACGAUACUUCACCUGUCUCCGAUCCCGCGUCUAGUCCGUUGUAUUUGAGGCACUGACGGAGAACUGACGGAUUCUUGGUGCUUGACCAAUAGUCGCCGUUGUUAUCUUUUCUCGGAGGCAAAAGAUACAUCUGGCCCAGAUUAUCUGGACCGGGGCUUUGUAGAGGAUAUUUCGUUCAUAUGCAUACAUAUUGUCAUGGAGUACAGGCGUUGUAUUCUGCCAUGGCCCUACCUCCGUCCGUACUUCGAAUGUAUCACGGAGAGUGAGAAUAACCUUCAUGUCCAGUGUAAACUCUGUUUGCCGAAGGAGAAGUAUUUGUCUGUGGGGAAGAGCUCCAAUUCGAACUUGAGGAAACACGUGAGGUCCAUACACCCCAACCGUAUAUUUGAAAUGGACGGACACUUCUCACCUAUUCGCCGAAGACGACCAUACUCAGACGUCUUGUUUCGAACGAACAAAGUUUUCCGCAUGUAUGCAGAAGAUCAAGGCGAAUACAUAGAACUGGCAACGGGAGACACUCCCAUCCCUUCAAUGCCAGACACUCCACCAGAAGACACGGCGUUGUGCGUUCGUCUCAGCGAGGUCCGAUCCCUCGCUGCUCCGCCCACACCGCAGGCGUCGACCCAGACCAAGAAAGAAGACUUCGACAGAGCCAUGCAAAUGAAGUCCUGCCAAACGACACCUAUUUCACCACCUGCCACAAGGACAGUCCUAGCAAGUCCUGGAAGGACAGUCGUGGCAUCUACGCCGUCAAGCUAUUCCGAACGAUUCAGCGAAGAUCCCCCAACCGUUCCCGAGUCCCGUGACCACGCGAACCGAAGUGCAGAAAUGCCGCAGCUUAUUCGAGCGGAACAUCAAGCUGAUGUCCCAGCACAUCCUUCGACCCAACCAGGGGAACCUUACAAUAGAUCCCGCAAGCGUUUAGCGACCCCGUCAACGACAUCGUCGCUCGCAGAGCGCAAGGCUACGGCCGAUUUAGAGAUCCUGAUUGCGCAGCGGAGAAAAGUUGAGUCCGAGUUGAAGAAGCUAGAACUUGACAGACGUAAGGUUGCGGCUGAAACGUUACUGCUCACUGAAGAGGUAUACAGGUGCGAAGAAGAAAGGAAGAAACUCAGGGCUGAGGCCGACUUCUUCCUCCAGGAGAAGCUGAGGUCUGAAGAGGAAGGCAGGAAAGCAGCAGCGAAGGCCACUCUACUUUUGGAACACAAGAAUUUUUAUGUGGAACAGCAGAAGACUGAGAUGGUACGACGAAGAAUGCUUCUGCUGGAACUCAAGAAGGUGAAGCAAGACUUCAAUCUUCUUCGGUGACUCUGUAAUCAGGAACUGUGUACGUUGUACAUACGCGCACGCGUUUCAUUUUCCUCGUUGAUAGCGCCACUUAACCUAGUAGCACAUAUUGUGAAUUGAAUUGAAUUGAAUUUAUUUAAACUUUACAAAGCUUAAUGGGUAGUACAGUUCAUACAGAUGGAGGACCCAGAGGGAAAAGUUUCCCGCUUUGUGGCCUCGAUGUUGUACCAAUGUUGUGAAUAUUCUCCAGUGUGGGGCAACAUUUAUCAACAUUUCACAACGUUAUGCAACAUUAUCAAACGUGGACCAACAUUACUUGACAUUCAGCGAUGCUCAUGCGACAUGGCAGAGCAACGUUAGAGGAACAUUGCAGCUCUAUAUACGUUUCCCAAACGUUGUUUAUUGUACUUUCCCGAAAUCCUCAUCUCCUUCCAACAGGGCUCCUGCGUGAACUCUGAACAUUCAUCUUCAUCAUCACUCACCAUCUUCUCCCCCUCAAGCAAUGGGAUAGGGUGCUGCCUCAGCGGCGAAACAUCCCUCUACAUCAUCAUUGCUUAUUUGUUGUUGUUUCCAGAAACAUAUAACACUGCCCGUAACACUCUUACCAACAAGGUAAACCUACUGGUUUCACAGCUCCGCUCAGCAGGUAAUCACAUUAGAGACGGAAGCCUGAAUUAAAAGCACAGUGUAUGACAUGAAGGGAUGUCAGGGAUGUUGCGAAUUGUUCACGUUGUUUUGAAAGAAGUUGUCUGCGAAGAUCUUUCGUAGAGGACCGAGCAGUUUUCAGAAACUUGCCAUGCCUCCUUAACUUAAUGUCGAGUCCAUCUUCGGCGCCCGAAACAUGAAACAAUACCCUGCUUGAAUCGCCUAAAUGUCUGGGAGGUCGCUACACACCUCGUUUGUCUGCUCAUAAGACUAAACCGGAACCUCCGA